GGUGCGUUCAAUCAACUGGGUUAGGGGUUGCGGAUCGUCUCCAAACCCUCCGCUUGGCGGCUAGCCGCCUUCUUCUUUCUCUUUUACUGAAGCAGCUGUCUUCACCGUCGAUGAAACUCGGUGACCCAUUUUCCGGCCAGACUAAAAGUUCCUAAAUUGGAACUAAAGAAAGAUACUUGCGACCUGGGCGGCGUCUUUUCUGAGCUCCAACCUAUCAUCUUUCUGAGCGCCUUUGUGCUUACCUCUUAACAGGAGCUUAUUAAGUGCAUCCACAAUGUUAAUAACUAGGCUUUCAAGACUUGGAUCUUCAAUUGUCAAUGAGCUGUCAAGAAUUUAAAUUGCCAUCAGAAAUGAAGACUUCCCUGGCCAUAUUUCAGCGGAGUCAUGAUUUCUGUACAUUAGCUUCAAACAAUGCUUCUGAGGAGGAGAAUGGACAGAAAGUAACGAUAUCUGUGACAUUUGUUGAUAAGGAAGGGGAAGAGAAACACAUUAAGGUGCCUAUUGGAAUGUCUAUGUUGGAAGCUGCCCAUGAAAAUGACAUAGAACUUGAAGGCAGGGAUUUUGAUUAAUUCUUUUCUUACUCCCAUUAUUCGCAGCUUUCCUUUAAAUCUGGUCCUUUCUCAUCUUCGGACUUUUUUGAAGUUGAAGAGUGGUUAGUUCAGUGAUACUGAAUGCCUUUUUAAUGAUUUAAUUCUCUUUGGCACAUUCAAUUUGCAUGAAACACAAUAGCUCAUAGCUCCAACCUUUCGGGCAGGGUGUGUUCCCUGACUCCUGUCUUGUUUGUCCCAUUGUGUUAUAAAUUGACUGGAAUGGUUUUGCCAAAACCUGUAAAAAAAUAUUUUACAAUGAUUUAAUGUCUGGUUUUUCACCAUGGUUGAAAGAUUUAAUGUCAGAUCGUAUUCUUCUUUCGGGAGGGUGUGAAGGUUCACUUGCCUGUUUGACAUGUCAUGUGGGAGUGAUGGUUGGCUAAUUGUGCCAUCCUUUUUGGAAAUUACAAGAAUUUUAUUGUGGCACCUAGUUUUGUGGACUUAUUAUUGACAUCUAUGGUAGGACAUGGAGUACUACAACAAAUUAGAGGACCCAACUGAUGAGGAGAAUGACAUGUUGGAUCUGGCUUUUGGGCUUACAGAAACGUCUCAAUUGGGAUGUCAAGUGAUUGCAAAACCUGAACUUGAUGGAAUUCGUUUAGCCAUUCCUCCUGCCACUCGAAACUUUGCUGUUGAUGGGUAUGUUCCAAAAGCACACUAGACCAAUAAAACCCCAGGCAUUGUUCUGCACAUACAAAGCAUUAUAUGCCAAUCCACUUUUGUUGCCUCUGUAUUUUAUUGGACUAGGUAGACAGGAAUCUAGUCCCUGAGAGAUUGCUUUUGUAUUGAUUGUUUCAGUUAAAUUCCAAAUGAUUCCUUUUUAUAAACAUGAAACUGAACA